CCCACUCUGCCCAGUUCAAUUUUAUUUACUCCCCACUAAACAUUCGUGAACUGGAGUUUCUUUAUCCCGGCCGAAGAUGUCAAAAUUAUUCUCCUUCUCUAUCUUCUUCUACUUACUUUCUACACUUUGCGCCGCCCAGGAGGGAAACUCCUCCGCCGGAAACGGAGGCGGAGCGAGUCUGGAGCUCUGGUGCGUGGCCAAAAACAACGCCGAGGACGCCGCACUCCAGUCAGCGAUUGAUUGGGCCUGUGGAGCCGGCGGCGCGGACUGCGGCCCCAUCCAGGCCGGCGGGCCGUGCCACGACGCCUCCGACAUCCGGCGCAUGGCGUCGUACGCGUUCAACGAUUACUUCAUUAAACACGGCAUGGCUAAUGGCACUUGUGAUUUCCAGAACUCCGCCGCCCUCACUUCCCUGAACCCUAAUUUCAAUUCGUGCAAGCUCCCAUCAAGCCUAAGCAGACCAUUUAAAAUAGGAGUAGGAACUUCACAAGCAGAUGCGUACGAUAGCAGUUCUGUAAAGAUUCUCGGGUGGAUGUGGGGUUUGAUCACAAUCUGUUUGUUGUUAGUACCUGCACUCAUUAUGUGAGGAAGUUAAUGCUGGUAGGAUGUGUCUCCCAUGUUUGAUGUGCCAAAGUUGAAGUGGCAUUUUCUGAAGAUCACCUGAAUAUAUGUACUUCCAGUUGAGGUCUGCAUUUUUUUGAAGUAUUUGGGUUACGCUGGGUGUACGCUACUUUGGUGUACGCCACUUGUACACUAGUGUGUUACAGACAUUGUGUACAAGUGGUAUACACCUUUGUUUUUUAAAAUGUUUUAAUUCAGUUUUGGAAACACCAUGGUCUCUUUGCUCUUGAAUCUUCCCAUUUUGACCAGACGUUCAUCCUAUUUGGGCAAUUGUAAUUAUAAUUUUUAGUGAAAGAUGUUGGUUAUU